CUAUCUUUGAGUCACUCUGAUGUUCUCUGUGGUUUUCCUGCAAGUACAACACUCUCACCGUUAUUCAGUCAGAGGCUCUUUAUUCUCUGAAAGCUUAUGAACAGUUUAAGUCCGUCUUCAUCAUGACGGGAGGCUUAGUUUUUCUCAUCCUGUUGGGUUAUUUUCAUGAGGUGCGAGUCCAAGUUCUUCCUCAGGCUAAACUGACGGUGAAUUCAUCAACAAUAACAGAAACAGACUCAGUCACAUUAAGCUGUCAGGCUCCAGCUCGUGUUUCUGUGCAUAAGUGUCAUUUCUAUGUGAACAGUGGAACCCAGACACCAUUCCCUUGUAUGAACACAUUUACAGGAACUGAGCUGCUGAGGAUGGCAAAGAAAGGUUCAUCCUCUGUGGUUGAAGUGAGAUGUUAUUACAUUGUAAAAAAUGGAGUUGUAGAUUCUCCAUCUCCCCACAGUGAUACAUCCUACAUCACUAUAGGUCUAAAACCACAAAUGAGUGUUCAAUACCUUAAGGGGCAGUAUGCUAUCUUCAUCUGCUCUCUGCCUGGAUCUGUGAAACAUGAUACAACAUGUAACCUGUACUUUGGAGGAUCCAGUCAUCCAGCCAAAACAACAACCACAGGGAAGACGGAGACCAAUCAGUGGUUCUGCUGGACUGAGAUACAAGAAGAUGAAUUGUUGAAGCAUCUACAUUCAGUUGAACAGAAGGAGGUCAGCUGUGAUUACAGUUUGGAAAGUGAUGGGAAAUCUUUGUCACCUCGUAGUGAUCCAUACACCUUGCCUGGUGAGUCCAACAUGACAUUGAUUCAAUAAAUACUGUUAAAGAAUAGAUCGUUUUUAAUGAAGGCAUGGACUUUUCUAGACCCCCAAAGGUGCAGUGUUUAUCGGGCACCAAGAUGUAAGCAGUAGAUCAUUCAAGUCUUGUUAGUUGUGAGGUGGAACCUCCAGGAUCAGUCUUCUUUGACCAGCCCAUCCCACAGAUGCUGGAUUAGAGUCCUUGGAAUCCAAAUAAUUGCACACCCAGUUCUGCCGAAAGGAAGCGCUCUGCUAAGAGUACGACUACAAAUAAGGAUGCAGGAGACAACGACACAGAAUCAGUCACGCCAACAACUGUCACACCCUUCACCACAGGUACCACAGAGCUGACAACGAGCACGACCAGUGUUUCCACUUCAACCAUAUCAGUUGGGACCUCUUCUAACCAAUCUACUAGGAAUCGCAAAUCUAGUGGAAAUCAUAUGGUGUCUGCUAGUGUCACUUCCAUUUAUCAGAUGGUGACCUCAACAAACAUAACAGUGGAUGAUGAAUCCAAAGAAAUGUGGAAGUUGAUAAUACCAGCAACUGUGGGUGGACUGACAGUGGUCUUCAUUCUGAUGGUGGCAACUUGUCUCAGAGCCAAGAAAAUGACUGCAAACGUUUUGCACAAGAGAAAAGAAACAAAAUCUUCAGGUGUAGAUCGGUCUGUAUGGAUGAAAACGAUUGACAACACAGAGAUGUUACCAGCAGAUAAUGACCAUGGAGCCUACAGCGUCAUCACGUCUGCAGCUGCUGCUGACUGUCCUGCAGGUUAUGUGAAAUCUCCCACUGAAAAGCCACAAGCUGAUAAUUCUGAUGUCUACCACGUGUACUGCACCAUCUCUGAUUUACCUCCUUCCUCAAUUAAGGACGAUGGGGUGUACAGCCUCAUCCAGAUGAACUGAAACUCAGAUUGUUACAUGGAGAAGGAACCAAAUAGCCUGAAGAUUCGUUAUACUGCAUGGCACCUUGCACGGUGUCACAUAUUAAGUGCUGUGGUCUUAUUCUGUAAAAGGCUUUUGAGUAACCAGCCAUGUUAAAUGUUAAAGAUUUGGAUGUUAAUACCAGCAGAGUAAAAACAUCUUAUUUUACACAUUCAUCCGUAGGAAAAUAAAUAAAUUUUAGGGUAUCAUUUGUGUGACAGUAACUUGACUGUGUUAUGAUUUGGGGUUGUUUGGUUUUUGGUUUCUGGUUUCUGGUUUUUUUCCGUAUGUUUUUCACUGCUCCAGUCUUUAAUCAUGUCUCUGUUUAUUAUUUUCC